AUGAAGUUUGGUAAAUAUCUCGCGUCGAGACAGUUGGAACUACCGGAAUAUUCAGGUCACUUUAUUGAUUACAAGGCUUUGAAGAAGUUGAUCAAGCAAUUAGCUAUCCCCACUAGUAGAUCUAGUGCAAACUCAGUCAGUUCAGUAAUUGCAGGUGUUAGUUCCACUAAUGGUAGCCUGUCAAUUUCCGAGAUACAACAAUCCUUGAAGGAGAAUAAAGCCACCUUUUUCUUUCGUGUUGAAAGAGAGUUGGAUAAAGUCAAUUCGUUCUAUCUUGAGAAACAAGCCAAUUUGGCAAUAAAUUUGAAUUUGCUAGUUUUGAAAAGAGACGAGCUCUUUGCCAAGUCAAACGCAUUUCUUCGUCAACAUUCACAUGAUGGAACAACUGCCAAUAUCGAUUCAGCUGCCUAUUUAAAUUUUAGAAACUCCAUUUCGUUUCUCAAUUUGUAUCAAAACUUCAAGAAGAUCCAUCAAGAUUUGAUCCGGUUGCAGCAAUUUAUAGAGCUUAAUGAGACUGGGUUCUCCAAAGUGGUGAAGAAAUGGGACAAGAGAUCAAAGUCACAUACAAAAGAGUUGUUUAUUAGUACUGCAGUUAGUGUACAACCAGUGUUUCAUAAAAACGAAAUCAAUGAGUUGAGUGACUUGGUGACUCAGUCAUUGUUUGACAUAGAGAGUAUAAUGGACGGAGACUACUCCUGUUUGGCCAACUAUAGUGGUCACAAUGCAUCGUCGGUUGAUUCUGAAAUGUCACAACGCGAAGAAGUAGUUCCUCCAUUAACUGCUGACAAUAAUAUCUUGCCAUCACAAAAUCCAACUCCUCGAUUGUCGUCUAUUCUGAUUUCGUCAACCGACAAUACUGAAGUUGAUGAAUUGUAUUCCAGUUUUGUCAAUGUUGCAACCAUCAAGGAUCCAGAUUUAUCAUUACUUGCUCGUUGGGUAGAGAAACUUAAUGGUGCACCAUUGUUGCCCAAUGAACCGUUCCAUACAACAGUAAGAUAUAAAGCGUCAAAGAUUUUCUUAUUGUCAAUCACCAAUCUCAAAAUAUCAGAUUCAUUUUUGGAGUCAUUUUUGAAGCUUAUCAAUUUCGAUAUUGACUUCACUUUUGUCAAUGAUGACUUCAACAACAACAAGACAGUUUUCCAUGAAUGUUGUUCCAUGCCCCCAGCAUCAACUCAAAAUGAGAGUCAUGUAGUCAUAAACAAUGGUGUCAAGGUUGUAAACUCAAACGACUCCAUUAAUCAUUCAAGAGUAUUCAUAGUUGAGUAUAUUAUGAAAAACUAUCCGCAACAAGAAGUUUGCAAUUUGCUAAAGCGACGCGAUUUCAAUGGCCGUACUUGUCUUCAUUACGCUGCACAAAACAAUAGAAAUGAUUUAUUGGAUAUCAUUAUUCCAGCAUUCCCAGACAGCCAUAUCGACGAUCUCGAUAAUGAUUCAAUGUCUGCAUUGUUACUAGCUAUCAAACAUGGACAUUUAAGCGUCAUCAAGAAAUUGGUGCAAUUUGGAUCGAAUCCCCAUCCAAAGACUAAAAAAGAGACACUUCAGUAUUUGCCAAUAAACUAUGCUUGCAAGUUUGGUGAUUACAAGAUUUUGGAGUACUUAUUGUCAAAUGAAAAAUCAUCCGACUUGGUGAGCGUGUUGGUCAACGAGCAAGAUGUGGAAGGGUUACUUCCAUUGCAUGUGGUUGCACGUGAGGGACAUUAUAAAUUGAUAACCUUGUUGAUUAAAUAUGGUGCGGAAAUCAAUAAAACCGAUGGGUUCAACAAGUGGACGCCGAUAUUUUAUGCUGCUGCUGAAGGGCAUGUCAAAACCACACAAGAAUUGGUCAAGUUUGGUGCCAAGUUGGAUAUAGUGGACGAGGACGGGUUCAAUGUGUUGUAUUACUGUGUGGUUGAAGGGCAUGUCGGUGUCAUUAAUGAAUUGCUUAGCUACCACCAGGAUAUGGAUACGCAAUUGGACAAUGACCAAUUAAGUAUUGAAUCGAGUAAAAUCAUGUCUAUUCAAAACGACCCCAUGCGUAUAGCUGAUGUCAAUGAUGAUUCCGAAGAUAGUGGGUCCUUGGAUAAAAACAAUGCUGACAGUAUCCCUGAUUUACAAUUGCCACCGCCUAUUUUACCAUUGAGAAGAUAUGGCCACAAUUUCUUGGAACAAAAAGUCUUGAUUGAGUUGAUUUUCCCCCAUGACGAUCUGUCAUUUAUCAAUUUGUUCAACUCAAUUACUGAUUUGAAACCGGGCAGGAUUACCUUGACUUCAAACAUAUCGGACAUUGUCCCUAGAAACAUCUUGUUGCCCUUAGAGGACAAGAACCAUCAAGGUGGUGUUAAUAAUAACAAUUGUGUUUUCCAAACUGACGUUGAUUCAUUGAAUGAAUUUCGUAUUGAUUUUGAGAUAUUCCCCAAGUUUGGGACUAGAUUGAUUGCAAAGACUACGGCGUUGUCGUUUUCGCAUAUUGAUACUACUUCCCCUGAAAUCAGUUCGACUGAGUUGCCAUUGUUUGAUUUGAGGUUGAGAAAUAUCGGUCAAUUGAAGUUCAAUUAUCAGAUCAUUUUCCCAUUUUCGGGAACGGUGCUUGAAACUACUAAAUUUGACACGUAUUGGAAGUCAUCAACUAGCAUUGUCAAGAACAAACAAACUUUGAAGUUGAAUGCAGCCGGUGGGCUAUCUCCAAAUAAUUUCUUGUCUCCCAAUGCCAAUGCUGCUAUCAAUGCCAGUGGGUUGAACCAAAGCUCUGGUGCAAUUGCGCGUCCUCCUGGAGCACCAGCACAGCAUGAGUAUCUCUCAUCAUCAUCGUCGAUUGUGACUGCUACUUCACUUUCAGGAGAAUACUUGCGAAUCAGAGUGUGUCUUUUGAACGAUGGCACUCCAGUUGUAUGUCCACAUUGGUCGAUUGCCAUUACCGAAAACAUUGAUCUUUAUUUGCCAAACUUGUCGCUUGAACAAUUAAGCUCGAUAACGAAUGAUUUGUUUGACUACUCCAAAGUCAUUAACGAUUUGUCAAAUAUGACAGUCAAGGAUAUAAGUUUGAUCAAGAAGUUGUUGCGCAUCAUCUACUUGCCAUUGGAUAUUGUUUUGGAAAUCUUGAGUCCCGAGAUCAAUUUGAAUUUGGAGUUGAUUUUCCCGUCGUUUUACGAGUUGGAGGUGUUGCCAUUUGUUGGAAACAUUCAGAAAAACUUGAACAAUUUUAUCGAUUUCACAUUGAAUGAUGUUUUCAACCAUAUUAAACCGUUCAAGUCCAAAGAUGUCGAUCAACUGUCGCGGUCAAUCAUUCUCCUUUCUUCAAAUUCACUAAUUUGUAAAAUAUUGAAUUGGAAACAACCAAAUUUCCCAGUAUUUUUGAUAAUGAACGGAAUCACUUAUAAUAGUUCCCUAAAGCGAUUUGAACAACGAUCCACAAAUGGUUUAUUGAUUGACGAAAGAGCCCAAGCUCGCAGCAGAUCCAUCACCAACACGACCACCACCACAAACGCCACAAACAAUACCAAAUCAUACACGACUUCAACUUCAUCCUCCUCAGAAUUGAACAAUUACCAAGAACUCAUAAUCAGGUCGAUUAAAGAAGCAGUCAAUUUUACCGUGAACAACAACUUGUUUGGUUUAAUCACCUCAAUCCACUUGCUAAAUCUCGUACCGAAGUUGAUCCCAUUGAUACGUAGCAGAGGGCUAAUUUUGGUUGCGUCGAGUGAUACCACCAACGACCAAGAUGAUGUGCAAGAAGAAGAAGAAGAAGAAGAAGAGACUUUGAAGCGUGAGUUGGACUCUUAUACAAAGACUGAGAUCAAUGGGUUGAGAUUUGAUGAUGUGCUUAGUUUUAAACAAGAUAUAACAAUGUAA